CAAGUACUAUAGCCAGAUCUGUCUAAUCUCCACAGAUUAGAACUGCGACAUGAAAAUGAUUAUGGAGGAUGAUGAUAUUAUUAGCAGGGAGGAUGGUAUCAAGGCAAUAAUCGAGGAGGAGCUUGUGAGAGGGCGUGACUUUGCCAAUCAGCUAAGACAACGUAUCGUCACCAAUAAAGAAGAUGAUGACUCAGCUGAUCAUCAACGGCUUCUCAGUAACGUCCUCACCUCCUUCGCCAACACCCUCUCUCUCUUGAAUAAAUAUCCCAUACAUCCAAAUCCAAUUCAUCUUCACCAAUCUUCUGCUUCUUCCUCUUCUUCCCAUAAUAGUGAUAUUCUCAUCAUGCAAAUGCUGCACCCGCAGAUCCACCCUUGCUUGCUUACAUAUGACAACCACAUUUGCAAGACCCCGCCGCCGGCGGACACAAGAGGCUCUUAUCGGAGAAAAAGAAACAUAGAGACAUGGAAGAAGGAGACGGAGAAUGAAAGAGAGGAGGAUGGGCAUCAAUGGAGGAAGUACGGACAGAAGGCAAUCCAGAAUGAGAAAUACACAAGGAACUACUUCCGAUGCACUCACAAGUACGAACAGGGAUGCCAAGCAACCAAGUAUGUUCAGAGAAUUCAAGAGAAGCCUCCAUUGUACAGGGCCACCUAUCAUGGCCGCCACACCUGCACCAACACAGACACUACUAAUAACCACGUACUCAUCAUGGAGGAAUUAGAUCACCCUACUUCCUCCUCCUCCUCCUCCAUAUUCCUCAGCUUUGACAACUCCUUCCCUAAUCCACCAACCAAUCCCUUUCUUUCACCAUCUUCUUCUUCGCUUUUCCCCUCAACAGCACCGCCGCUACCUCCGAUGAUGAUAAUGGAAGAGGAUCGGCAAGUUCUUCCCUCAACUACUUCAACCCACCCCGUUUUGGAUGAUUCGUCAAGGCAUCAUGUGGUUCCUAUAUUAUCAUCGUCAGAAGAUAAUAAUAUUUGCUGGGAUGAUAUGAUGAUAGCUGCCAUGUCUCAAGUGUUAUACGGUUCUGUUGAUGAGGGAUGACGACUUUCUCUCCUACUCUUAGAUUUUUAACAUAAUUAUAAGGGUGGAACUCAGAUGCAAUCCACUUCACAUGAAGUUAAUA